AUGGCGUCCACGAAGGAUCGCACCCGAAAGCCAAAACGUUUACGCGUGCCGGCCGCGCUGGCGUCAUCGCGCGCCUCGGCCCCCGCACCGCAAGGUCAAGGCGUACUCAUUAUUCCUCCUGGGCACCCGUCGUCACGAACCGCUCCGUCAAGAAGGCUUAGUCUAACAAUGAGCGAGACCUCAACACCUUCCUCGUCAACUGUGGCCGACUUGCUACCCGUUACGGUUAUCGAUCACGCAAUGUUUACGUUUAGCUACCACGGGAACGACGAAGUAACCAAUAGCGACACGAUAUUUACGUGCGGUCGUGCCGUGCGCGUUAUCAGACGCUCCGAGACUGGCGAUGACAGAUCGUUGUUAUAUAGUAACGCGACCACGUGGUUCCGCUAUGCAUCGAGUUGUAAAUUUAAUACGCUGAGUUAUCCACGCUAGAGGAAACCGAAUAACUUUAAUUAUAAUCUCUUUUGAUGUAUAAUUCGAGUUUCCGAUAAUAAUAUCAGUGUCGCAAGUUCGAAUUAAGUAUCGUUACCAUAUUUAAAUCAAUACUCUAGUCAACCUUUAGCUAUAUGUAAUUCUAAUAAACAAUGAAUGUAUUAAAUAGUUAUAUAUAUACAUAUUUGUUUAUUGUGUACAAGCGAAUGUCUCUGUUUAUAAUUAGUCUGUGGCGAAGCAUCCUAAUCACGAACCUGUCAUGCACGCGCCCCAUCAUAAUUUUGAAGCCACAUUUAAUUAAUUUUUGCUCUACAUUAGAAAUAAAACGCAUUCUCGAUAACUGUACUAGUAGUUUUAUGGUUUCGUGUCUAUAAUAAAAUUCAAAUCAUGCAUAUAAUUAUU